AUGACAAGGAUCUUUAGUGUCCUCGUACUUCUUCACGCCAUCUUCCUGUCUCCUACGGCAGGUCUCGCUACUAGAUCAGUGCAAGGCCCCCUUGAUGUACGUCUGGAAAUAGGAACGUACCGAGGGACUACCGUGAACGAGACAGAGCAAUGGCUAGGAAUUCCCUACGCGACGCCACCUCUUGGAAAACUUCGAUUCAAACCUCCGGUGCCGCUCAAACCAACCCCGACUCGGAAGGAUGCUCGUGUGACAGAUGCAUCCAAAUUCUCUGAUGCCUGCCCACAACCUCCUUCGCCGACACUGGGUGCAUCUCCUGGAGAGGAUUGCUUGUAUCUCAAUAUAUGGCGUCCUCAAAACACAUCGCACAACGAGAAACUUCCGGUGCUCGUUUGGUUCCCAGGUGGUGCGUAUAUUAGUGGCUCGGGUUCCCAACCUCAAUAUCUACCAACACGCAUGCUCCAACGAAGUGAUGAAGUGGACAAACCUAUAAUCUUCGUGACUUUCAAUAACCGACUAAAUUCGUUUGGUUUCCUCGCAAGCUCUACGAUACCCGAAGAAGACCUCAACAUCGGAACGCAAGAUCAAAUCGCAGCUCUCAGAUUCGUUCAACAGAAUAUAGCUGCCUUUGGUGGAGACCCAGAAAAAGUCACUCUCUGGGGUCAGUCGGCUGGUGGUGGAAGCGUACAAGCGUUACUUGUGUAUCUAGACCCAGAGGAGCGAUUAUUCCGUGGUGGGAUUGGCGACUCGUCGACGGGGCCAUUCAAAAGCUCUCCUCCUCCCGAUGUAUAUGACCGGCCCGGGAUGCCUUUUGAUCGGCUGUUGCGAGCGACUAAUUGUACUGCUGGCCCAGAAGCUAUCGAUUGUCUUCGAGAUGUUCCGUUCGAGAAACUCAUGAAUGUCAGUAAUCAAAUGAUUCUUGGCACUGUUGGGCUUCAAUUAUGGCAACCUACAAUCUCUCCCGGAAACCUAUUGAAUAUUGAGGCUUCCGAAAGGAUUAGGAAUGGGAGUUUCCUUUCUCUCCCAUAUCUUGCCGGAACGAAUCUCAACGAAGGCGCCUUGUUUAGCGUUCUCGUUCGAAACAAGAAUCUAACAGGCGCUGCACAAGAUGCUGCUUUCAACGACUUCAACUUGGCGUUGUAUAUCGAUAACAGUACUAUCACCCAGGAGACACUGCUGGAAACCGACCGACUUUGGGCGGAGAAUGACACGACUCUAGGUGCCCCGUUUAACACGGGUGAUACCUUAUUCGAUCGUGCAUCAGCAUGGUACACAGACGAGAUGUUCCUUGCCCCCCGCAGACUAUUCUUCGAAAAUGCGGCUGCGAAGCAGAAUCUCUUUGCUUAUUAUUUUCGAGAGUUCAUCCCUGGAGAUGAUCCGUUUCUUGGAGUCUUUCAUGCUUCUGAACUACGAAUGUUCUUUGGGCCAGUACCCGAUGUCGAAGUUGACUUUGCGAAUAAAAUGACGGACUUUUACCUCAACUUUAUCUACGAUCUAAACCCUGGACCUGAAUGGCCCAGAUAUGAUCUAGAGACUCGGCCUGUUUUACAGCUCCUUCGGGGAAAUAUCACGGUCAUACAUGAUGAUUGGGAUACUGAAAAGACGGACUUUUUGAACUCAGACCGGGUGCUGAAGGAGUAUCAAAAAUGAAUACUUGCCCUGUGUAAGGCCACCAACCCUGGUUGUUACCGUUAGAAUACAAUUUUUUUUCUACUUGCAAUUCUUUGAGUAGCGUGAG